CCAGGUGCCAACAAGAGGCAGAAGAGAGAGCGCUUGUUGUUGUGCUGCUGUGCUGCGUGCUGGUGUGUUGUCUGUGCUGACGUGACGCGUGAAAGGGUUGAGAUAGAUGAUGACGGCAUGACCUGUGUCCCGUCGAUGCUGCGGUCACCAAUAUCACAGGGACAGUUUUGAGAGUUUGCUGCUGCUCCAUGCAGUACGUAGCCACACAGCCCUCAGCAUCAAACGACUCAUUCCCAAUUCCACAUGGCAUGUUUGAUUGUGAUAUGUGAAAAACACAACAACACCAGACACUUGCAGGAACAACGAAGGCGCGUGUCAUCAGCGUACACCCUCACGCAACGUGCGACUCGGAGAUGAAGGUGACGGCAGCGACUGCUGCGAUUGUCGCCACGGCAGUGGUGGUGCUUGCCGCUGUGUGCGCCGCGUCCCCGACCGCCGCAGCCAGCCCCGCUGAUGGCCAAUGGUGGCAGACGGGCAUCGUGUACCAAAUCUAUCCGCGGUCCUUCCUGGACGCAUGCAGCCCAAACUGCACGGGGACGGGCUCGCUGCGCGGCAUCGAGCGCAAGCUGCAGUACCUGCGCGACACCGUGGGUGUGAACGCCAUCUGGAUCUCCCCAAUCUACGAGUCACCCAUGGCAGACUUUGGCUACGACAUCAGCAACUACACGGCCAUCUGGCCGACGUUUGGCACGAUGGAGGACUUUGACAACCUCAUUGCUGCAGCAAAGAAGCUGGGCAUCCACGUCCUCAUGGACUUUGUGCCCAACCACACCUCCAACCAGCACCCCUGGUUCCUGGCCUCCCGCAGCAACAAGACCAACCCUUAUCGCGACUGGUACGUGUGGCGACAGGGCCGCAUCGGCAAGGACAGCGAGAAGCUCCCGCCAAACAACUGGCGCACCAUCUUCUGCCCGGAUGCCAACUGCUACGGCUGGACCUACGACAACGCCACGGACGAGUGGUACUACCACUGCUUCCUCACGCAGCAGCCCGACCUCAACUGGACCAACCCCGACGUGGUGUCGGCCAUGCACGACGUGCUCCGCUUCUGGCUGCGCAAGGGCGUGGACGGCUUCCGUGUGGACGCCUUUCCAAACAUCCUCGAGGACCCGCAGUUCCGGGACGAGCCGCUCAACCCCAACUGGCACGGCGACCCCGUCACGCAGGGCUACGAGAAGCUCAUCCACAUCUACACGGAGAACCAGCCCGGUCUGCAUGACAUUGUGCGCGGCAUGCGCAAAGUGGUGCAGGAGUUUGGCGACGACAAGGCGCUCAUUGGUGAAAUCUACCCGGACAACGUCAUCACGGAGGAGGAUGUUAUCUCGUUUUACGGAACGGAGGAGGAGCCCGAGUUCAGCAUGCCGUUCAACAUGAACCUCAUCUCCUUCUUCGACUACGCCGCUGCGUUUGAUCCCACCGUGCACAACAACCCGCGCAAUGCCUCCCGCCUGCGUGAGAUUGUGGACCACUAUAACGCCUCGCUCCCCGCGUGGGCACAGCCAAACUUUGUGCUCGGCAACCACGAUGUGCGGCGCCUGGCCUCGCGUCUCAACGACACCGCCCUCACGCGCGUGGCCAACACGUUGCUCUUCACCCUGCGCGGCACGCCCACCAUGUACAACGGGGACGAGUUUGGGCAGAAGGACGGCUACGUUCCCCCCGGGCGCCGGCAGGACCCCAACUGCAAGACCAACUACACCGGCCUGCGCUGCCGCGAUCCAGAGCGCACGCCGCUGCAGUGGGACACGUCAAACGCCAACGCUGGGUUUAGCGGGGCCGGCGUUGAGACGUGGCUGCCCGUGUCGUCGGACUACGUGCACACCAACGCUGCUGCGCAGAUGGGCGACCCAACGUCGAUGCUAGAUCUUGUGUCGCGCGUCAUUGCCCUCCGCACGCGCGAGCACGCCCUCCACAGCGGGCUGUACCAGUCACUCGACGUGGUGGUCACGCCCGCACACCUCACCGACAACGUGUUCGCGUUUCUGCGGUACAACGAGUCCAACACGGCCUAUGUUGUGGUUGCCAACCUUGCAGACCACCCAGUGCGCGUGCAGGUUAUCCCACCAUUUGAUGUCAUCCAACGCAGCGUCGCGCACAUUGACACGUUCAACUCGUCCGUUGUCAACAGCACCGUGAACCUGAGUUUCCUGCAUCUCCACCGCGCGCACGCACAAGUUGUGGCCGUCCGCUACCACAACGAAAGCACGAAGAACACAACGGUGGGCGUUGUUGUGGCUGCGCUCCUCGGCACUGUGUUCAUGGUUGCUGUUGUUGCCGUCUACUGCAAGUUUGGGCGAGCCAAGGACACCGGUUACGCGUACACGGCCGUGCCAGAUGUCAUUGACGAGCGCUGACGUGAACAUGUGAUUUGUGAUUGUGACUGUUGUGACAUGAUUGUGAUCAAUUGUGAUUUGUGUCUGUGACUUUUGUGAUUGUGGCUGUUGUGACUGUGAUUUGUGAGUGUGGGUGUGUUUGUGAUUUGUGAGUGUGAACGUGAGCUGACUGCUGUGUGGGACGUGGCUGCUUCGUCUUAUGUGUUCGCUUCGCUUGUGUGCCUUGCUUGCUUGUGUUUGUGUCGUGUGUUUCCACGUGCUCGUGUGUGCUGCUGAAUGCAAUGUAACGUGAUGAUGUGUGAAUGCUUGCUUAAUGAGUCAAAUAUGUGUAUGCGCGUACUUGCUUGACUGCCUGUUGUGGGUUUGGUUCUCUUCAUGGUUUACAGUACAGCUGUUUGAACCGCUUGCGCACUCAACGCCGUCAAACAUCAUUACAACAACUACAUGACAUAG